CCUCUUCAGACCCAGACAGGAUGAGCACAGAAUCGGGGGGAGGCAAAAGGAUAGCUCUUGUGGCUUUCUAUCACUUUUUUUUUCUCUUCCCAUAUUUCUGACUCCAACUUGGGUCCUUGUGUUGCCAUAGUAACCAACAGUCCCAGAACAGAGACCUCUGGCAGUUGGACUUCUAGUCACUGUGAGUCAGGAUCUGAAGGAUUUCUAACAUCCCCAGUUUAUGGCCCAGGAGCUGGCAGCGCCUUUUUCAUGUGGGCAGCCGCCAGAGCACGGCGUGACUGUGUGUGUGUGUGUGUGUGUAUUUCUUCCACCCCCACACACCUACUGGGGCAUCACAGAAAAAGCUGCACUAAAAAAUGCCAACAGAUGGUGGGAGGAUGGGUAUCUAAAUGGCUAUAACCUUUCUGGAAAGCAAUUUGAUACCAACUCCAAUUUAUCUGUGAUCUUUGAUCCAUCAAAGCCACAGAUAUAUAUAUAGAGGGAGACACAAGGAUUUAUUGAUAAGGGGGUUUAUUCAAGACUUAUUAAAACAGUAACAACCACUUAAUGGUCAUCAAUCAGAAAGUCAUUAAAAAUGACAAAAGAGCCAUGUACAGGUUUACUGUAGGGUAUGCCAUAAAAGAGAGUGAUCAACAGCUGAUGUGACACCCACACAUAUGCAGAUUCCUGAGUUGAGGGAAACCUGAGAAUGAGUCCCUGAACUCCAUGGCGCACACAACCUGCAGCAGCGACCGAUCAGACAGCACAGACUGCAGCUCGCAAUCAAACCUGAGUCUCUCCGUGGGUUAUUUCCCCUCCGAGGACACCUUCUCCUAUGAAAACACCAUCUCCUGGGAAGACAAGUCUCCCAAGAGUCUUCCAAUCCUUGUCCCUCCUAUCCAAGGGACAUGGAGGACAGAGAGUACAGGCAGACUCCUGAGGAGACAAGACCAGAUUCGGGACGACCCAAAGCAGUUCUGCAAACUCAGCAUCACCCUGGCCUGGGAUGUUGAUGUGGGCUCAAACAAUUCAGGCUCCGUAGCUAGUUGGGACCUAACUGGAAGCAAUCAGUGGAUCAACAAGUACCCUGAAGAGAACAGAAAACUGACUAUCAGUAAGCUAGACAGUCUUGUACAAAAGCUUGAGACAUUUCUAGAAAAUCAGAAAGAUGACAAAGAUGAUGACUCUGCAUUCCCUGGAUCUGCCCAGGAGGAAGAUUCCCAGUUGUUUGGCAGCUCCCCUCUAGACAUAGCUCAGGUCAGUCAUCAAGAACAUGAUACUUGUCAGGACUUCUCCUACGCCUGCCAGCAUGAAGGCAUCAUUCAGUUUCCACAGAUUCCACCAAGACUUCGGGAACAUGAACUUGCUGAGGUGAGCAGAGAGAUGCCUCACAGGCAAAAAGGAGAUGGACCUGGUUGGUGGUGGGGGGGGGCAGUUUGAAAUGAUGCAUGGAGCAUUAUUCCCUGCUUUAAACCAAGGUCAGCCUCCCUCAGCGCCUGACGUGGCAGGAGAGUGAGGGAAAAAGGAAGGAAAGGGGUCAGGGUGGAGCUGAAGGGAAAAUCCUGAGGAGCACUGAAGGAGAAGAGAGGAUAGGGAAGUUAAGAAAAGUUAUGAUACUGCGCCCGCCCCAUGUGUG